UCUGACUAAAGUCAUAGCAAAAUCAUGCUACACAUUACAGUCCGCUAUUGCAUGUAUGUAAUUGUGGAUGACAGAUGAAUGAAUUUAGUUGGUUUACAUUAUCGUAUCUUGGAGGAUGCUGUGAGAUAGUUAAAGUGAAUUGAAAUUGUUAUUUGGUUAUGUUCGUGUAGCAGCAGUCGGGCCACUGCCUCGUUCGUUUUUAUAACAAAGAAGAUAAAUACAAUUGAUUGAUAGAUCGAGGCAAAGACAGCUUGAAAAAAAAAACAGUUUGAUCGAUAGAAAAAAUUCCAGCUCAAAGUAGAGAUAUCGAUUCCUCUUAUUUUGCAAAUAGUUACAUUAGAAUAGUUGGUUAAAUGGUGAAAAUGACACCGUUGGAUGAGGGGAAGAUAAGACAAGGUUUAACAAAGUAUCAAAAUCCAGAUAUCACCAAAAAGCAUGUCACCAAGGUUCUGCAGCUUUAUAAAGGCUUACAGUACACAGUUGAGCCAUUCGUUUUCAAUGAUGGAUCUCGUAAAGAAUUAUUUAAUUUGCAAGGAACAAUACCUGUCUCUUAUAAAGGUACUUGCUACAACAUCCCCGUAUGCAUAUGGCUUAUGGAUACACAUCCAAACAAUGCACCCAUGUGCUACGUUAAACCAACAGCUGAUAUGACUAUUAGGGUCAGUGAAUUUGUUGAUCAUAAUGGGAAAAUUUAUUUACCUUAUCUUCAUGAUUGGUUGCCACACUCAUCUGAUUUGUUGAGCCUAAUUCAAAUAAUGAUUGUAACUUUUGGAGAGAAACCACCUGUAUAUACUAAAGUGAAACAAGAGACUCAGUCAAGUUCUACUCCAUAUCCUGUACAACCUUUCAUGCCCAUGCCUGGAACGGGUGGUCAUGUACCUGGGUCUAAUUUUCCAUACCUACCAAAGUCUCAGUACGCAGGAGGAAAUAACGUAUAUCCCCCAUACAUGCCUACCUCAUCCUCUGGAUUCCCAUAUCCAGGUUAUGGUUCGUAUGCUGGAACUGCUUCAAAUUAUCCAUCACAGAGCUACGGUUCUUAUCCAUACCCUCCAAUAACUCAGCCUUCUGCUGUAGUACCUGAGUCUGUGGGUGGAUCAGGUACAAUAACAGAGGAACACAUCAGAGCAUCCUUAUUGUCAGCUGUAGAAGAUAAACUAAGACGGAGACUAAAGGAACAAUUUUCGCAAUUGUUGGCCGAGUUAGAAACAUUACGUCGAACGCAACUAGAACUCUCUGCCGGAUCUAGCCAUCUGACCGAUUUAUUUGACAAGUUGAAGAAAGAACAGGCCGAGCUCGAGAAAAAUAUAACUAUACUUCAAGACAAAGAAGCAGAAUUGGAGAAGGAAAUCGCUAAACUAUCUGAUAAUCAAUCGAUAGAUGUUGAUGAAGCUGUUACUACAAUUGCACCGCUUUACAAACAGAUGUUGAACGCGUUCGCAGAAGAGGCUGCUACGGAAGAUGCAAUAUAUUAUCUGGGCGAGGGUUUGCGUUGCAGUAUUUUAGAUUUGGAUGCGUUUUUAAAGCAAGUCAGACAACUCUCGCGCAGACAAUUCAUGCUCAGAGCACUCAUGCAACGCUGCCGCCAAAAAGCAGGACUGGCUGGUUAAAUAAUGUUUUUUUUCAAUUUAUAUGACGUUACGCUAUUUAAUAUUUUAUUUUAUUACAAAUGAUGCAUCAAAUUGAGUAUAUAAAUCCCACAUCGAAUAAAGGGGAUAUGAAUAUAUUAGACAAGCAAAUUAAUACUGUUGCGAGUCCAGAAUGUCUUUUGUAUGGAUUGUAUACUAUGCAUCAGCAUAUUUUUUGUUUCAUGUUGUUCAUAUUUUAGUUGGUAACAAACUAUAUCGUGUGGAUGCAAAACUUUUCUGUACAAAAUGAAACAAAAAAUAUUAUAUACUUAUAUAUAUAUAUAGAUAUGUGUAAUAAAUAUUGGUUUAAGUACCGCAAGAAGUGAAAGCACACUCGUUUAAUGAAAUUACAUUUCUGAACAUACAACACUAAAAAAAUUUGUAAAAAAAUCCGUAAUUUUUAAUUAAUUCUUUUUUACAUUAUAAUGGAAUUAUGUACCUUGAAUAGGAAUUUUAAACAUUAAGAAAUAUAAAUGCUUAUAUAUUGUGUGAUAAAUGUAUAGAUUAAUCAUUGCAUUGCACAUUUUAGUAAAAAUACAUUGUUUUUAUUCUUA